GUCAAGCAGGUGGCGGUAAUGUGCCAAUCGGUUUGACAACUGCCAGUAACUAUGAGAAGAAGAAGCAGUCUCGCGCGGACAUCGGGCAAGUUUCCGCGACAUUUUCUUCCGCCAUCUUGUAUAAGAUAUCACAGUUUUUCGGCGCGUUUGCGUUAUUGCACGAACAUAGAUUGCUAGAAAAGGAGAAUCCUUCUCUUUGAUUAACGCCACACCGGAUGUGGUGACUUCUUCAGUCAUGCCAAGCGAAUGUGCACAUGCCUUCUGCAAAAAUAUGAUGGUCAAGGGAAAUGGACUGACAUUCCAUCGUUUCCCUAAAAACUCUGAAAGAAGGAUGCAAUGGGCGUCCAAGAUGGGACGCCCUGAGGGCUGGGCACCCAAACCUUGGGAUCUUGUUUGCAGCGCUCACUUUCGGGAAGAAGACUUCGACCGCACUGGUCAAAACACCCGCCUCCGUGACAACGUCGUGCCAUUUACGUGUAAAAUUCUGGCUCGCUUGCAGAAAAGCGGCAAACGUGAUUCCAGUUUAAUCAAGAGUCAAGAGCAAAAAUCAACAACUAGGAGCAGCAAAAAACGAGCAGCUGAAGAAGUGAUUGAUCUGUCUGCAACAAUGACGUCAAAACCAAGAUCAACAGCUAACAGUAGCAAAAAACAGGCAACAUCACCAGCUCAAGUUGAGCUAGUGAUGGAUCUGUCUCCUGAGAGAAGGUCAAAACCAAGAUCAACAGCUAACAGCAACAAAAACGUGGCAGCAUCACCAGGUCAAGAUGAAGUGAUUGAUCUAUCUCCAGAGAGGAUGCCAGAACCAAGAUUGGCUGACAGCAACAAAAAUCUGGCAACAUCAUUGACUAAAGACGUGGCUGAUGCUCAACAAGUGUUACCGGGUGGUCUACCUACAAACAGGUUUCACACCUAUGCUGCGUCAAGUGAAUACAGUUUCAAGGAAAAAUGGCUUUUUGCAGAAAGUCGUGCGGAAGAACUCGAGAAAAACCUUCACAAUGCUCUGCAAAGGGAGAAAAGGAUCAAGCAUGCCAUGACCAAUGUUUUGGAAGCCCUUAAAGAAAGAAACACUGUGAUUGAAAAUUUGCAGUCACAGCUUGAUACCCAUGGAGAUUUUCCGAUCCAUCUCUUUAACAAGACGAAUAGUUACACGACAGAGCAAAAAAACUUUGCAUUGACACUCCAUCUGUAUGGGCCCAAAGCCUACCAGUACCUCAGACAACAUAUUCAUAUGCCCUCAACGAGAACUUUGAGAAGAUGGCUUUCAGACUCAGACGAGUGUGAAGGAGUGGACAGUACUGUGCUCGAUGCUUUGAAGGAAAAGCUCAGCGACAAUCCUUCAGCCUUCGCAGAUGUAGCACUGUUGCCGGAUGUCAUGUCAAUCUGCAAGGUCACUGACAACAAUAACAAGAAGAUGCCUGGCUCAAGCUUGUGUGCAUGGACACCAGAUUUUGAUUAAAUAACUUGGAGAAUUGUGGGACGGGCACAUUUUGGAGAAAUUGGGUCCAGAGGUACUGUGGGAGGAGCUUCCCGCAACACAGAUAAUGGGGAAUUAUUCACAUUAUCUGGGAUAAAAUGAUUAUAGUUGAUCCAGUAUUACCUUAGUAAAUGUAAAGCAAUACAUUUAAAUGAUAGCUUGGAAAGCAGCUAUUUCACAUAACUUUCCGUUGCUGUGGCGCCACAGCACUCAAUAGAGCAGCGUGCUCUUGUUUACCAAUGAAGUUGUGAAGUCUAUUUACAAAGUCAUGGCCGACUAUUGCUCAAUUUGAAAAUACAGAUGAGCCAUUUGAAUUUUACAUUUUUGGUUGUUUUUAAUUUUCCUUCUUCACAUAUUCAGCUGUGACAAGAAAGAUUUUACUGUGAUAUUUUUAGCUUGCCUUACACGCUUACAUUGUAUUGUUGUUUAGCUGACCAUUAUUUUUACCUCUGCCAACAAAGUUGGGGGUAAUUUUAUCGCCCCCAUUUGUUUGUCUGUCUGUUUGUGAAGUCUGGAGCCCACAGUUUUUUUCCAUAUAUCUUUAUGAA